AUGCCGACACAAAGUGCGCGAUACGACGCGUUGCCGUCGCUGUUCCCUGGACAUCUACCAACUCGCGCACCUGUCUCCAGGUAUAGCGCCGCGGCGAAAGGGGGAAGCACCAACUUGUCUGUCUACGAGCGACUUAGCCACCACGGCAGUGAUGCCACCGCGCUUGACACCUCGUUCUUACCUAGCGGAGAACUCGAUACCAACGAUCCCUCUCCGCCAGUUGAAGGAAAUACUCUUACAAACCCACGAUCCUAUGCGCCGGGGUCGAUGAUGCGAGACUACAACAAGCAUAUCAUCUGGGCUUGUCUACUGCUUCUUGGUCCUCUUCCGCUAUCGGUUGUGCUGAUGUAUUUGAUUUAUGCCAACCUGCAGCCUCGAAACCAAGGUGCUGGCUUCCCUGAUAGCAUUACCGUAGACGGCACGAAUCGAUCACUCAGUGAUCAAGAGUACUAUGUGAACUACUCAGCAACCCAGCUCGUAUUCAUCUCGUCGCUCUCCUCAACUUUGGCACUUGCGCUAGUACCUGUCGCCAUGAGUCUCUUUGGGUACAUGGCGGCGUUUACAAUGCAGAAAGCGUCCAACACCGGCAAAUCAUCCAACCUUCCUUCGCCAUACCAAUUCGAGCUCGCGAUCCGACUGCUCGGCGGCAGCUUCACGGACCUAUACCAAUACCUCAAGUAUAUAUUCCAUCCGAGGCGGAAGCGGUUGGCUGCGGUGCCAAUGCUCCACCAUUCAGCAUUGGUGCUUGCACUCAUGCUCAGUCUCGCCGUGUGCAUCACGAUGGUCGACGCUCUUCUACACAUCGGGACAUCAACCGUCCAGUACCACAGCACCAUACCUUACCUGGCCGCAGACUUCAAUCCUGGUCGUCGUCUUCCGACUGUGUGCUGGGAUAAUUCCACUCUCUCUUUGUAUGCUCCCUGUAACAUCAACCUCGGCGGGUCUGGUGCGAGGACAACAUUCAGCAACUCGACCGAGGCGUACCUCACGCUCGGGAAUCAGUCCACACGCAACAUUGUCCGCCUUGCUGACGAUGGCAAGACCGCCGUCAUCACGCCGCCCACAUCCCCGUCUGGUGUACAGUUCACAGCAAGUAGCUAUGCCUCUUCAACAACAUGCGAAACCGUGAGCAAACGAUGUAAGCCGCACUACAACGGCGACGGCGACUGUGACGCCUGUCAGAGCUGGGCAUACAACUGCACUCCGGACGCGGCAGGGUUGAAUAUCUCUGGCAACUUCUCCGGCAUCCUUGCCGCGGGCGGCGACUUUCCAGUGGUCCUACAGUUUUUCAGCACGUCCUCGAAAGUGCUCAACACGUCCAACGGCGCCGCACACGGCCAAAUAUGGUCCGCAGUACUGUUCUCUUUGCCGGCUGGCAGCGACGAGGGAAUGUACAGGGGCGAAGACACUCAAAUGAUCAGCGACAUGUACUACGACCCAGACAAAGAUCUCCUUGCGGACACGUACGGAAACAUCUACGGCAUCCUCUCAUGCAACACGACCCUGUCGGAUGUGACGUACUCGGUGAGGACCGACGGGAGCAUCUACGACGCCGUCACUACGCCAAUGAACGACACCGCAAGUUCGCCCUUUUACGGCGCCUUGUCAUAUAGUUUCGGAGAUCCGAAUCUGGGCACGGGAGUCAACCUGGCCGCAGCCUCGGCGGCGAGCUCGGAGGAUCUGGCGUACCAGUUUGCGAGGGUGUUCGAUCGCACGAUUCUGGGGUUGAGUGCCGGGCUGCUCCCGGAUCAGCAGGCGGUCAGUAUGUUCCAGGUUCAAACGAAGCAGGUCGCGAAGGUGCCCGUCGCGGAGUUCGUGGCGUUGAUUGUGCUGAAUUUGGUGCUGCCUGUGGUUGGUUUGUCGCUGGGUGCGUGGGCGUGGGUUCUGUGUGUGAGACACGGUGUGAGGGAUGUGCAAGCGCGGUUGGGGAUCGGGGCGCUGGUGGCAGGAUUGUUUGAGGAUGAGAAGUUCAAUGAGACGGCGACGAAGGUGGAGGAUUUGUACGCCGAGAUGAGGAACUAUCCGACGGCGAGAGUGGCCGUGAAGACGAGGGAGGAAAAAGCAAGUCAGAUGUUUGUGGCUGUGGUCGAUGAUGGUGGUGGUGGUGGUGGCGGGAGGGAGAUAUAG